AUGUUGGCUUUGGUGGGGGCUCUGUACACGGCGAAAAAGGUGGUGAUUCUCCUGAGAAGCUGCUGCUCAUUUUUUAGGGUGCACUUUUUACCCCGGAUUUUUCCCACUAAGAACCUAAAGCAGAGAUUUGGGGAAUGGGCUAUCGUUUAUGAUGCAGCAUCGCCUGUGGCCUUGGCCUACGCAGAAGAGCUGGCUCGUCAUGGGGUCAGCAUCAUCUUCAUCACAGCGGACCCUGAUGCUGUCAGAGACACGGUUGCAUCUUUGCCUCAAGCUUUCGGAGUUGAAACUGCUGUCAUUCUUGCUGACUUCUCUCUGGACCUCCCUGCUCUCAAAGCCAUCCAAGAGGUCAUUCGGCACAAGGAUAUUGGUUUUCUGGUGAACUGCGUGGAAGAGGCAUUGACUUUCCCCCAAAACCUGAUUGAAGUGAAUGAGGAAAACCUAAUGCAAGCGGUGAAGAAUAAUCCUGCAGUGAUGACUUUGCUGACCCGCUCGGUGCUGCCGCAGAUGCUGCAGCGGAGCAGAGGAGCUGUGGUCAAUAUAUCAACAGGAGCCAGCAGCAAACCUUUGCCUGGGAGAGUCCUGCUCACUUCGUCUAUGGGUUUCUUGGACCAGUUCUCUUACGCACUGCAUCUUGAGUACAAGAGCAAAGGAAUUUUCGUCCAGAGUUUGUUACCCUUUCAGAUUGCUUCAAUCAAAGAAAAUUUAAGAGAGGACUGGUUGAUACCAAAACCACAGGUGUAUGCCCACCACGCCAUAUCCACUCUGGGUGUGUCCCACCGGACCACUGGCUACUGGCCCCACACUCUGCAGUAUGAACUGAUCCGGUCUAUUCCAGAUUUGAUGUGGGUCUUUGCAUCAAGGCUGUUCAUCAGUUAA